UAGAUUAUAGAAGAGACUUCCUCGUGAUUUCCAGUAAUUGUUGACGAGUUCCCGGGUGGGACCGUGAACUCGGUUAUCAGCGCGAGGCCGGUAUAUAACGGGCGGCAGAAGAUCCCGCCAGCAGUCCGCACGACGAGGCCGGGGAAUUAGCACAAUUGCCACUUGAGCCCUUCCGCGAUGCAUCGCCUUCUACUAAUCCUCCUGAUCGCCGCCGGCGUCGGCGCCGCGCCCUUUUUCGACGCUCUGUACGACGCGAUCGCCGGCAACGGCCGAAGAUCGUACGGCUACGGGUACAACGGUUACGACAACGGAUAUCGGUACGACGGCGGAUAUCGGCCCGACACCGGGUACCGCGCCGAAGGGUACCGCCCGCGCCAGGGGAAGACGUGGAAGGACCUGUGCAGGGUCCACUACCCCGACUCGGCGUUCGGCGUCCCCGGGUCGGCGGGCGUGGUGUGCCCCUACUGAAGUUCAGAUCGCGUGUUCUACGCUAUGGAACGCCUGCUGCGCCGCAGGAACAUCAUGAGAAUGGGGUAGCUCUGUGUGGUUGACGGAACGGCGAAAUUCUGUCAUCCAGCGUACAGUUUACAUUUUUACGACCGUUUUUGUAGUGGUGACUGGCCAAGGUAGAAUGGACGUCCCGUC